AACAGCCAGCCGCGGCGUCCAUUGCCAACAUCCAUACCGUUCGCUCACCACUGACCCGCACCCGCCCGCGAGCAGAAGAAAAGUCCUCUAGAAGCAGAGCGCCCCCAAAUCCCAAAGACGCCCACUGGCGGUUGCGCCUUCACUGCUUGCUUUCCCAACAGCACUACUACACAGGAGGCGGCGAUCGUCAUGGAGAUGGAGGCCAGCGGCGCGCUAUCAUCAUCGUCCGUGCUGUACGCGGCCAUGUCCCUGCCGUGCGCGCUCCUCGUGCUGGUGGUCGGCGAGGCGGGCCUCCGCGUGGCGUCGCUGGCGCUCCGCGGCGAGAUGAAGGCCUGGUGGCCCACGCGCGCCGCGAUGCUGGGCUACCGCGUCGCGCGCCCCGGCGUCGGCGGCGCGUCCGUGUUCCCCGACGACGACGACCCGCCGCUGCUGCUGCCGGCCGAGUCCUGCGACCGCCUCGCCGUCGCCGUGUACCGCCGCCGCGGGCAAGGGCAAGGGCAGGAGGAGCAGGCGCAGGACCCGGACCCGGACUGCGCCUUCUGCCUCUCCGCGGUCCGCGACGGCGAGGAGGUGCGCGAGCUGCGGUGCCGCCACGUCUUCCACCGCGCCUGCAUCGACGCCUGGCUCGUCCGCCCGCGCGCCACCUGCCCGCUCUGCCGCGACCGGCUCCUCCCCGCCGAGAGCGACCACGACCACGACCGCCUCUCCUCGUCGGCGUCGGCCUCCGCCUACGCCCACGGCGGCGCGAUCUGGCACAUGACGUGAACGCGUUACCACUACCUUGUUUCGAUUCCAUUUUCUUUUUCUUUUCUUUCUGGAGGAGGGUUAUUAUUGCGUUAACCCUCCGCUAGCCGAGCCGGUGCCGUGCGUGCCUAGGAUUGGAUUUGAUUGGACCAUCCGACCGACGGCCUCAAGUGUGUGUGUGUGUGUGUCUGUACUCUGUAGUAGGAGUGACCUGUAUUGGUCCCGGUAAAUACUACUAGUGGGACCGGAGUGUUUCGGUGUCACUGCCGUCUGGUCGGUUCACACUUGCUCUCCUCA